AUAUUAAUAUUAAUGUUCGUUAAAAUUCUCAUGACAUGUAAAGCUUGAAGAUGUACAAGAGUACAAGCACUGGUACAAGUAGGAAAACACGCGCAUCAUCCAUAUAUAAGUGCCUCAUUAUCAGUUGUUCAAGUACUACAAUUAAAGGGGACAACUAACUACCUAGCUAGCUAGUGCUCGCAAGAAAAAUAGAUAUGGCUACAACAGGAAAGAUAACAAGUGAAGUUGAAAUCAAAAGCGAUUGUCACCUCAUCUAUGAACUCUACAAGCACAAACCAUUCGACUCUGCAGUGGUCGACCCUGAUAAGGUUGAAGCUUGCCAUUUAGUUUCUGGUCAAUGGGGUGCUCCUGGAUCUGUCAUUCAGUGGCACUACUACCAUGAUGGAAAACUGGAAACUGCGAAAGAAAUCAUUGAAGAAGUUGAUGAUGAGUUACACAAAAUUGUGUUCAGAGUGAUUGAAGGAAAUAUCUUGGAGGUGUAUAAUCCAUUUAUCAUCACCCUUAAGACCGAAGAUGUGGGUGAUAAGAAGUUGGUUAUUUGGACUUUGGAGUUCGAGAAGGUGAAUGCAAGUAUACCUGAUCCAACACAAUAUCUGGACUUGCUUUGUGGAAUUGCUGGAAAUAUGGAUGCUCAUUUUCUCAAGCAAUCAUGAUCCAUUAUGUUGCCGAUAUGCUCGAUAAACAAAUGCUGGUAGUAAAUAUUGACUGCUUGUGAAGAUAUGUAUCUGUAUUGUAAACUAGCAUGGUGUUAUGGUGUAUUUCAAUUACUUUUGUUGGAAUUGUUUUAUCUUUUGUUUACUUUUUGAAACUAAAACUCACCUUUGAUAGUCACUUUUUCUGUUUAUGUUUUUCUGUAAGUUUAAAACUUUGGAAUGGUUCAUGAAAUGUGAAAAAUUGUGGAAUGAUUUAAGAUUU